GAAGUGGCGUUUCUUUCCAAAGGCAUGCAAACUGAAGGGUAAUAAAAUACACGGUGUUUAAAUAGUCAAGUGUUCUACCAGGAAGAGAGUUUCAAAGACUGGACUUCACGCUGAAUGUGCAGAUUUUAUCAACUUCUGUUCCUUCUUGUAAUCUGAAGUUUGUGUUUAAGAUGCCAUAUCUAAUAGGGAUUGUGUGAUUUCUCUUGAUUAGAAGUCUGUUAAAAGACUGCAAUGUGGUGAAACUUUCUCUCAGAGGACAUUAUAUGCAGAGCUUCUGCCUCUUUUAACACUGACUGUUUGACAUUGUCUGAAGUGUUUCCUCCCUGAAUCUUAAAGGCAGAGUCCUCUGUGAGUGUCACAGAUUCAUGGAGCUCAUAUGAACACCUGCUGAAAGGUAGAGCGGAGGAUCAGGACAAACAUGAGGGACAAAGGAAACUCUGUGAGUUUGACUGAAGCCAUGACGUCCUUGAAGCACAAGGUGAAAGUAGCACACACACGCCCUGAGAGUCUCAGCCGAUCUGACCUGCAGUCAUUAAAAUCACACAACCAUUAACAGCCCGAGUUGAGGACUGAGGGAGGAAAAUUAUAGUCUAAAGCACAGAGCUGUCAAACUAGAUCACUGAGAACUCAUUUACAUAUAUAGUGUCAGACUUAGAGGAAGCCGCAGUCUGACACUUGGCUGACAGGUUUUUCCUUUAUAUCAGUACCGUUAUGUAUUCACAGGAUUAGGAAAAAGCAGAAAAUCGAGCAGAAAAGAGUACCAAAUACCUAUUUGUGUGGCUAAAAUGUAGACAAAGUGCCCUCUAGAAGUCUUGACAGUAUGGAAGUGCGUUCUGUAAGCCUUUCCAUAGAAAAAUAUGUGAACAAAGAAAAGUGCCCCCCUCUAGUCUUUCCUAAAAGUCUUAGGAAAAUGCCUUCUAGUUGACUUUCAAUGGGCCAAAAUGUUAACAAAGUGCCCCCAGGAACCCUUCCAGCAAUUGAAAAGUAAACAAGGUGCUCCGUAGAUGCCCCUACAGGAUAAAAGUCUUAGCAAAGGGCUUUCUGUGAGAUAGAAAUCUGACUUUAGGCAUGCUGGUUAAAACAAAAGUUCAAAAGAAUUGUGACUUUACCCUAAAACCCAUACCCUCUGAAGUUGACUAUGAGAUUAGCUGCAUUGAUGUCAAAGUGCUCAACCGAAUUUUAGUUUGGGACAGGAAGGACUGGGAUGUUCUCUCUGGACUCUAUUUGUAUGAUCUACCCGUCUGUUUAACCAACAGGAAGGUUGUAGAUGCAUCAGAGUUGUAGAGAGCGUCAUCAGCUUUUGUUGUGACGACAACAAACCUGUCUCUACGGAUCAGCGGUCAGCUGCACUCACUGUCAACAGAGUCUGUCUUCAGAGGAGGACAAUCUGCCUCCAGCCUGCCCUUCACCUGUCUGCUCUCACCUGUGGAAAAUGGCCGUAUGCUUUGUGGUCAAUUAUCAGGUGGGCAGAGAUUAAUCUGUGGAGAUUCAAUGAGUUUAUGUACUGUGGACUCACUUCAUUUGGUUUUGUAGGUUUUAAGUGGAGCUUUUUUUAUGCUCAUAUUGGACCAAAAUUUCUCUAAAACAAAUAAAAAUUUCAGAAUAUCUCAAGUGUUUCUGAAAAGAUAAAUAACACAUCAAAAGUCCCUUUGAAAAAAUCCUGAAAACAACAUGAGAUAUCUCAAAGAACAUAGUCAAAAGUCAAGAGCUAGUUCAGAGGGCUAAAUUUGUUUCUCUAGAAGAACCAUAAUAUCUCUCAAGAACUCCCCAAAAGACCAACUUUUGAAUCAAUAAGUCCACUUAGGUGCUAAGUCUCUGUCAAAAAUCCUAUACGAUUAGGUGUGAUGGCCAAGCGGGCUAGCACACCCCACAUAUGGGGACCAUGGCCCCUACAGCGGUCGCAGAUUUGAGUCUGGCCCUGACCAUGUGCUGCAUGUCCUUCCUCCUCUCUAUCUCACCAUACUUCCAUCCAUCACUUGUCCUAUCAAUAAAGACAAAAAUUGCCAAAAACAAAUACUUAUAAAAUAAAAAAUAAUAAUCCUAUAAGAAUAAUUAACCUAUUGGUGUUUUUACAAAGACUGUCCAAUUAAAGAGGGGCACAGUGGUGUAGUGGUUAGCACUGUCGCCUCACAACAAGAAGGUCCUGGGUUUGAAUCCGGGCCAGGGCGUUUCUGUGUGGAGUUUGCAUGUUCUCCCUGUGUCUGCGUGGGUUUACUCCGGGUACUCUGGUUUCCUCCCACAUCCCAAAAACAUGCAGAAGUGGGGUUAGGUUAAUUGGCCACUUUCAAAUUGCCUGUUGGUGUGAAUGUGGAUGGUUGUUUGUCUCUAUAUAUCAGCCCUGCGGUAAAAUGGUGACUUGUCCAAGGUGGAUUGGAUUCGAAUCAGGAAACGGACCUUUAGGCGUGAACACGACCUUAGUAACUUCAGUUGACUCUAACAAUCCAUUUUAAGACUUCAUUUUUGUAAACAGUCAGGGUGCCUCACUGUGUCGGCCUCAUUGUGGUCUGAGUUUUUCAUGGUUUUGUUACGGGUUGGCAGCAUCACAUGACUGCACUGAAGAGUUAAAACUGGGCCAAAUGUGAUUCUGUUUGAAUGACUGACAAUGACUCUUUAAACGAGUUUUAACGAGGUUUAGAGGAUAUUAACUCUACAUUUAUGGUUUCUCAUCUUACCUGUCAACAGUCUUUAUGUGUCCCUCAAGCAGCAGCAUGCCUGAAAUUGUCCUGAGCUGUUAAUUAGACAUACAUAAUGAGAUACUUCUGCAGAGGAGAUGUAACCUCACUGUGUUUUUGCUAAGUGAGUCAGCAUUUUUGUACUCUGGGUCUCUCAUCUCGGAGCCUUUUCUAAUUUUUGGUCUUCACUAAAGGUUUGUAGCUGACAGAGGCUUGAGAUACGUAACAUUUGAUUCUAAAUAUAUCGAUGAAUAUGUCAAAACUUCUCAAAAAAAAGAAGUGUAAAUGUCUGAGAGUGAUGGGAAGAACUUUGAGUCAUAAUUUGGUUUGAAGUUUCAGUUUGAAAGUUUUGGAAGAGGUGAGGAGAGGGUUUUGCAUUGCACAGACACAGAUGUCCUUUAGAGGGACAGUUUAACUUAAAUACUGUAAUAUUUCAGAUUAAAAUAAAGUUUAUUCAGCACUGUCUUUCCCCUCGGUCUUUUAAAGUCGUCUGCCUGAGUUAAGUAUGUAAGAAGCAAAGUUUCACUCUGACUCUCCAGGUGACCGUGGACUCUGCUCGCUCGUGCAGCUCCGUCCUGCCUGCAGAGGAGUCACCUUGUCCCUGCAGAACAUUGCAGCUCUCUAUGCCUUCCUCUUCCUGUCUGUGCUCCCCUCCUCCUCCUCCUCUUCUUACUACUACUACUUCCUCUUUGCAUCUGCACGACAGCAUCCUCCCUGCUACACCUGCACCCCUCCUGUUCUCUGCUCACCUCACGUGGGACUGAAGCCACACUGACCUCUGGAGGUUUGUCAUCAGUCAUGUUCUCGAUUCGACGUUGCAGUUUUUCACUGCAUUAAACUCCGCCCCCUUGUAGAUCACCUGAGUGGUAAACCAGGAAAUGAGGACUGCGGCAAGUUGGAGUGUCCUCUGAGGGCUCACCUUCAACUUUGGACUGUACAUGCAUCCUGUGCAUGCUCUGAAACAGCACCUGGCAGGUAGAUGAUUAUGAGAAUUCUGUUUUGGAUGAUUGUGACCAUGUUUCUCUGCAGACUCAGACAUCUUAAAGAUACAGAGCAGAGGACAAAUGAGGACAGAUGUGUAAAAUGAAUCUUUCCGAUCAUGCUGCACUCUCAUUUUAACAUCCAGAGUGAAGAUUCUGCAGCCACAUACACACAUACUCUUCCUCCACCAGCAUGAAAUCUGUUAUUAGUAGCAACAGAACAUUUCCAUGCACAACAUGGAAUAUGUACAACAUGCACACGCAGUCAGAAAUGAGACAGAGUAAGGUUUCAUGUUGCAGGAGGAGGCUGUGUCCUCCAGAUGUCACCAAUGACGGAAAAGUACCGCCAGAGCCAGCAGAGCCUCCUACCCUUCAGAAAGAGAGGGAGAGAGGAGGAUUAAAUGAUUAUCUCGUCCUCACUUUUCACUCGUUCUUACGUUCCUGCUGUUCUCUGACGGAGAGAAAUGCUGACUGCGACAUUCCUCCGCCUCCUGCUGCUGCUGCACGAGAGGAGAAUGAGCUCACGGCACUUUAUUAUUAUCCCACAGUCAGACCUGAUGUGUCAUCAUGAACCCAUUUCACUCCAGCCCUCCUAUACCAGGAGCUUUUUUUUUUAUCAUCCUUCAAAUCCAGUAUCUCAGGAAUUUUUACAGUCCUUACCCACACUUUUUAUUAUUAUUUAAACAAAACUGGACAAAAAUCUUUAAGAGAAAUGUCAGCGUUUUUGUUUGAACAAAAUAUCCUUGAAGUCCUGUAAUAAUAACAACAAUAAAGACUUUUGGAAACCUUAUUGCAAAGGUGCAGCAAAAAAAAAAAAACAAGGCAAGAUUGAGAAAUAAUUCACAUUUAAAAGAUGGAAAAUUCAUGUGUAAUGUCAUUUAGCAGACGUGGGAGACACAAGAUGAACUUUCUCUCAACUCCUUCCACCUGACCGGCUAUAAAUCCGCUAUAACUGCUAAAAAAAAAAUGUAUUGAAACUUGACAGCGGUGUUUACUUACAAUUCUCAAUCAAAGCUUAGACUCUAAUGUUCACAAAACUGGGUUAGGAUGUCUGUUUUAGUGCAAACGUUACCUUUUUAUGUCGAUUUUAAUCUGGCACAAUUUGGCAUAAAAAUGUGCCAAAUUGUGCCAAACUGAGUUCUCGCCUGGGUGUGUCCUUACAAAAACCUUCAUGGAGGCUUCACUGUUUACCCAAAUUCUAUCAAAUUUGGUAAAUUUGUGGUCAAGGAGUGGAUGAAGCUAAUCAAUGGCAUCUGGGGGCAUGGAAUCAUUGCUAGCAUUGUGUUUUCCUCUGUCAAAAAAGAAAACAUUUUGGCAAGAGUAAAAAAACAUAAUUUUUCCUCUGGUUUAUUCCACUUUACUCAGGCAUAAUGACAGAUACAACCCUUCUGACACUUGGAAUACAUUCUCUGAAGUCUCUUGAUAUCCAAGGACACCAAGAAAAUGCAUGUAACCUUUAGUAAAGUGAAGUAAUUCCUCAUUUACUUUGGGUAUGUCUUGCGUUUUUUCCUGAAAGUAUGCUUAGGGCUUUAGAGGUUAAACCUUUUCACUUUUCAUAAAAGGAGAGAUCGACUCUGUUGAGUUUGGUAUUUCAUUCCACCACCAGGAGACAACAGAGGAGAGGAGUCUUCCCAUAGCGACUUUAGGGCUUUGUCGUGAUGAAAGCACCAGACACGUUUCAUUGGCAUGGUGUACUAGACAGCAGGGAGGGUAGACCUGCAUGAGGGACUGCAGGUGUAUAAGCUAGUUUAGUGGAUGUCCUGUCUGGAAACCCAGACAGGGCGCUGCAGAGGUUUGACUGUGUACACAGGGAGGCCUGCCAAUAAAGAAUAGUUAAUGUGUGAUAAUACAAGAGCCUCUAUCAGGAUCUGUGCUGGGUGCCCUGUCAGGUAGAAUCUGAUCCUCUUGCAUGACGAAUAAAUCCAGGCCACAUUAAUAUUAAAGGUGAAUGAUGACACCCAGAUUGUGUACCGACUCAUUGGGCACAAGGUCAUUUGAUCCAAGCUGGAUCCAGAUCUGUGGUGAAACUGCCAAGAACGACCAAGAAUGACCAUAUCACUGAGGCCUGAUGAGGUUCAGGUUGAAACAGCUGUGUCAUCAGGAGGGAAGGACAGAAGAAGCUGGGUAUCAUCUUUCAUUUCAAAGAUCUCUCACGGAAAUAAAAAGACAAGAAAAUAAAAUAAAAUAAAAAGGCCUCUACAUGGACUGAAACGCCUGAAAAAGUUAUAAAAGGAAGAAAAGUAAAAGUAGAUAACCAGUAUUUUCUGAAGUACUUGUAAACUUUAUGUUUAAAUCUAGCAUUCUUGUUUCAGUAAAAGUCAGCCUCUUAAAACAUCUGAUUUUAGCUAAACUUAAGUAUCUUUUGUUUUAUAGUGAUUGGAUUUAUUUAUGUCAGUUUUCCAGGCUUUGCUUUCAAGUGUUACAUUUUAAAAAGCUUCAUUUGUGAGGCAGUUUGAAUUAUAAUUUUUAGUCUCUGCUGUUUGAAAUCAUUUUCAUCUUUUAAAAUGUUUUCAGUAGAUUUUAGGGCUCAGUUUAAAGCAGUUUUUUGUCAGGAAAUCUGUGUGCAUGUGUGACUGUACAGGGACCAGCUGCUGAUUGGUCAAUGGCCGUGUUAAACAGCACUUCAUUAUUUCCUGUUGAAUUAAAUAAAUAACAAUUGUUACAUCAUGAAACCGGGGUGUUAUGUUGCGUCCUUUCCCCUCAGGAGCUACAGUCCAAUGAGACAAAAAAAAAAAAAAAAUCUCUGUAGAGGACCUAAAUAUCUGAAAAUGAUCACAAUGAAGAAGAAAUUUAAGCCGUUUAUCACAUCCAUCACAACACUUUCAUGACACACUUUCUAACACCCUUUUGUAACAUUCUUCAUAAUAUAUUUUUAACUCCCAGGCCAGCUGACAGGUUUCCCUGUGCCCAGGAUAAGGUGAUUGGAGUAGCCUCUUCAGCCCCUUCUUAGAUUACCUUCGAUCUUUUCAAAAUAAAUAAUGAUGAUAUUUGUUUGAGACUCAAAUAAAAUACAUUUGGAAUGAAUAAAUAAAAAAUUUUUCUGUAUGUCUUUUCACUGUUAGAGGUCCCUGUGACCCGUGGCCCAGGACAACUGCCCCCAUUGUCCCCCCUUGUUGGCUGGCCUUGGUGCCAGGCAGAGGAAGGUUGAAGGAUUCAUCAUAGCUCUGCAGGUUCAUCUGGCUGUGUCCUCACUUUGUAUUAUCAGUGUAGUUUUAGAUUUACUGUAAUGAUGUCUGUGGAAAAAAAGUCAUUACUGAGACUACGCUGCUGUGAAUGUGACCUUCCCUCCGGCUUGAUGGAUGUGAGUGUGUGUACGAGCGUGUGUGUAUUUGAGAGAGAGGCUUACAAACUCCUAUCAGUCCAUCUCAGCUGUCAAGGUUCCUCCUGCAGCGCCAUCUAGUGAGCAUGAACCUGCUCUGCGUCAUACCUGGAGGCAGGACAGACUGCUGUGCUCACUGAAUAAGAUCUGCAGGAGUCGCAUCAUUUCUGUUCAUCAAACACUUUAAACUGAGAGAGAGAAGGGUCAUUCCAUGAAAUCGGUGCCUUUUGUGUCCCCAAGAAGUAAUCAUUCAUAAAAUAAUGAUAAUUUUAUUACAACAAAUUAAUAUGUAAUUUAAAAAUAUAACAUUACCAUGUUUUCUUUCCUUAAUAUAACAUCAAAUUAAAGUCAAUUUAAUAACAUUUUAAAUAAUAUAAAUUACUUUUAUGCUAAUGAGGGUGAGGUUUUUGGCCUGUCCCUCACUACUAUUGUUGUACAUAUACAGGACUUUAAAUUUGUAAAAUGUUGGCAAAAACUUCACAUUGACAUAUUGUUUUAAGUAUGAUUUUAUUGUUAAACAGUGUUUUUGUCAAUAAUAUAUAUUACUCAUUAUAAAUAUUUACCAAUUUCUUGGCGUCCCCUGAUUUCAUGUCAACCCUGUUACCCUAACUAAAAAACCCUAAAAAAAUAAUGGUACAUUCCAGAUUUGACAUGAUUGACAGGAGGUUGCAUCCUCUCUGAGCCAGGAUGCUAACAGCUCAGUGACAAUGAAGUUUCUCUCAUCUCUAAUGUGCUAUUUUUUAUGUUUUUUCAAGGUUUAAGCAGGGGGGACAAGCAUACAACGUCAACCCUGUUACCACUUUUGAACAUAUAAACAGUUUUCUAUUUCUCAAAAAAUAAUCAAUAUCUACAAGUAAUUACCUUUCAAAGUACCUAGUUUGCACUUAAACUAGCACUUACUUAAGCUAGCUACAGGCAGAUACGUUUAAAAUGGUCAACCUUGUUACUGUCAACCCUGUUACCUUUCCACAGUAACAGACAUGUGAGUCACAGGGAUGACAUAGAAUAGUGUUUACCCUCGUUGUACUCUUAAAAGUUCACCUUUUAAAACUAAAACAUUUUUAGGUCAUCAAGUGAACAUUAUUGAGCUUAUAAUUAUUUUUUGAUCAAUUGAUUGAUUGAUACGCCGGUGGAGAUCCAGUUACUUUGUGUCCAGUUACUUUUAGUCUUGUCAGCCCUGUUACCAUGACGUCAAUCCUGUUGUUGUCAUUAAUUUGAUAAAAAUAUAAAAGAUGAUAACUCAAAUGGGCUUUCAACACUCACCAUUAUAAUUUAUAUUACAUUAUGUUUUAGACUGGGCCAUUUUUCAACAUUUCUCUUCUAAAAAAUAUCUGAUAUAUGUUGAGACAUGAUCGCCAUGCAGAAUUAUAUAUAUUAUUUGAUCAUCUGAAUGACAAAUAUCUAAUUGGAGAAAAAAAUCCACAAAAUAAAAUAAUCUCAAUGGAAAGAGACACCAAAGUACUGCUAAUAUUUGUAUCAUAUAUUGCAUUUUUCUAAUUAAAAAAUUGUAUUUUGUUAAGUUUAUGUUUAUUAAAUUAACAACUAAAUAUAGUUUAAAAUUAUUUUUUUUAAGCUGAAAAGGCACCAGUUUCAUGGAAUGACCCAGAAACACUUCUGAGCCAUCUAUGGAGUCAUAAAAGUGCUAUUAAAGUGGAAAAUCUGUGGAAAACACUGAGAGAAUAAUCGUAAAAAAAAUAAUGGAGUAAAUGUAAGGAUGAAAAAACAUGUUUAUAUAACUCACUACGUUAGAAGAACAAAUAUCAUUACGAAAAAAGGUUUUGUUAUUAAUCUAAAUGAGCAGAUAUUGAUAAAGAAUAUUUUUUAUUUUUUUACACACUAUCAUAUUCUAAGUGAUUUUUCCUCUGUUGAACAGUAGGUGGCGAUUUAAAAAUAAAAUAACUGCAAAUUAAAAACCCAGAAGAAGAAUCCUCUGCAAUAAUAAACCGUAGAAGAAGAGUGACAGCCCUCUCAGAAGAGUGUGUGAGCUAACUCUGACGUGUACUACAUAAUAUUUUAUUAAAAUAAGAGUUUAUCUUCAUUACAGCCAUGGAUAUCGCGCUGUAUCUGAUCGCUGCUGCUGUCCUCCUCAUCCUCAUCGUGUUUGCUGUAAAGAUCCGGGGGAAAACUCAAGAAGGUGAGCGAAACACUGAGCUAAGCUAACUGGUGUUUAUUUAUUUACAACUUUUUACAAACGUUAGAUCAGUCACUCAAAGUUUUCAUAUUUGCCAUGACUCUAAGAGAGCAAACGGUACACUAAGUUACCUCAAAGCUGGCAGAUAUUAAAGAAAUGCAGGUUUUAGUGACUGUUAGCAAACAGCUGUCAAUCUAACUACGGAAACUGCGGAGGGACAUUGGGCCUCAAACGCCAAAACAUCCAGGUCAGAAUUAACGUCUGUUUUUUAGUUAUUAUUAUUAUUUUUCAUGUUAAAAUAUGACAUAAAACUUUGUGUUUAUGUGUUAAAAAAUAUCAUGAUGUAAAGUAGGGCUGUUCUGUAUGGAAAAAUGAGACAUAUGGGGUAGGACUGGACGAUAUGGCCAAAAAGAUGAUCACGAUAUACUUUGUCAAAUUGUCCGAUCUCAAAUAUUAUCCCGAUUUAUUUUUAAACGGCUAGUUUUAACGCAUCUGUACUUAAAACUAAAAAAACUAAAAAAUAAAUAGAUAAAUACUAAACAAGACGUUAAAUAACUUUUCUUCUCAACAAUAACAUCUUUGGAGGAUGACUCAAAGUAGGGGCUGACAUCUAUUUUACUGCCCUCAGCUCCACGUUCGGUUACUCUGUUUACUUGUCCGGCAACUUACAGAAGUGAUUGGCUGUUGUGAUGCACAUUUUUGCUAUGUUUGAGUAAAUAUGCUCACAGCUGAUCACUGUGAUCGAACUGAAAUUCAUCCCGAUCAUUAAUCCCGAUCAUAUAAUUGCCCAGUCCUAAUAUGGGGUUAUUUUAGGAGGUAUUUACCUUAUAAUUUCAGUCAGAUCAGUGGAAGGGAUGAUUUCACAUUAAAACUUUACAAUAUUUGAUGAAAGUUAUAAAAUAAUAUCAGGAGAGUCAAAUGAAAAUAUUUCAUUUCUAUUAUAAUUUAAACACAAUUAUGCAAUUCAUGGUAAAGGGAUCCUAACCAAGUGUUGGCUGUAUGAAUAAAAAUACACUUUUAAUAAGUUGAACUUUUUCUGUAUUUUAAGUCCCUCUUUUGAUCAAAUAAAAGAAAUGUUCUUAUUACUCUUGGAAGUGAAAUUUUUAUUAUCAUGAGCCCUAAGCCAAAGUCCUCAAGAUUAAAACCAAAGAAGCUUGAAAUAUUUUGCUGUACAUGCAGUCAGCGUGAGAGAAGGUAAAAUUUGCAUCUUUUAACUAUUUAAAUUUUACUUUCAUUGUCUAAGUUCUUGUGAUGAAGCUGAAUAUUUAUUUAUGUGUAUUUGUAAUCUGUCAUACUGAGUUUUUUGUAUCACCUGAUUCAAAUGAUCAGCUCGUUAUUAAGCCAUUACAGAGCUUGAUAACGAGCUGAUCAUUUGAAUCAGGUGUGUUGAAGCAGGGAAACAUCCAAAACAUGCAGGACAGUGGGCCUCAAGGACUGGACUUGAGAACCACUGAGAUAGAGGAAAGGAGAGAGAGAAUGAUUAAGAGAGAGGCAGGGAGAGAGAAUAGAGAACGAGGGGGAGAGACAGAGAGAGACAGUCCAGAGGAACCCAAGAGAAGAAGGAGCUCAGGGCCUUAGGUGGACAAUCAUAGACGAUGCGGCUGGGGUCAGGCAGUUCCACAGCAGAACCUAAACCUAUGGCAGCAUAACUAAGAGCUGGUUCAAAUCAGCCCAGACUAUAAGCUUUAUCAAAGAGGAACGUUUUAAGUCUACUCUUGAAAAUUGAGAGGGUGUCUGCCCCCCGAACCUCGAGCAGUAAAUGAUUCCAGAGAAGAGGUGCCUGGUAGCUGAAAGCUCUUCCUCCAAUACUACUUUUAGAGACAUUUGGUACAACGAGCAGACCUGCAGACUGUGAGCGUAACGGUCUAGACGGAAAGUAAGGUAUAACAAGCUUGUUGAGAUAUGAUGGAUGGUUAAGCGCUUUAUAUGUCAUAAGGAGGAUUUUAAACUCAAUUCUAGAUUGAACUGUUAACUGCUUUGUUUUUUUUAUCUAUACUUACUGUUUCUAAUUGUUAAUCGUGGUUUUAAAAAGUAUUUCAUGAAUAGAAUAAUUAUUUUAAUGUCGACAAUGUAGCCUGAGCGAUGUUGCGCUUUCUUGUCUGUGCUUAGCUGAUGAGGAGCAGCAUAGAGAAGUUGCCCGGGCGGCAGGACCUCCUCAGCGGGCAGCAGCAGCAGAGGACAGAGGAGCUGGGAUGCCCCGCAGGAGGAGGAACCUCGCUGCAGCAGUCGACAAUCGACGACCACAGAGAGCGGCUGUUGAACAAGGUAAACACUGACUCUUAGAACUCUGUUUCUUCAUGAGGUGUUUAACUACUUUUAGUAAAAACUGCUUAAAUUAAUCAACACUACUUUCUCUUUCAGUGUAACAUUGUGUCCUUAUAUCCAUAUUGAGAUCCAAUUAUGACAUUUUAAAGGUGCAUUAACUGAGAGAUUUUUGAGUUUCAGAGGAGGAACGUGAAGAGGAUGUGGAGGUGGAGGUGGAGCCGUUGAAGAAAGUUGGAGCGAAGAAGCAGAAGAAGCUGGAGGAGAAACAAGCCAAGAAAGCUCAGAGAGAGGUGAGUUAAAGCAGAUACCUGACGGUGGAUUCUAUUCAUUUAUUCAACCUUUAUUAUAUCUGCAGAAUAAAUGAAUACAUUGAAAUAUGAUUUAUUUGAAUAUUUUCUCUGACCUUUCGAACUGCAGGUCAGCUGAAAUAUGAAUUUCCAUGUAAAUGACUGGAAUAGGAAAUGAGUCUCUUCUGAACAUCCCAACUUAACAAUAUGAAAUUCUCCUUAAAUGAUGCAUUUUUUCCACCAUUUAAGUUCGUCAUUUGAGGCUCAUAUUAUUUUUGUUUUAUGAUGAAAUUGGUGUCCUGCUGAGUUUCUGAAAACUUCAAUACUUCUAUCAGGCGUGCAGGUGUGAAAAGACACUCAACUCUUAAACUUAAUUCAAUCUUAAGAAAAUGGAAGAAGAUUAAAAAGUUUAUUUUUUCAGGAAAGAAAUACAAAACCAAAUAAACUUCAGAUAUAUUCCUGUACUUAACUUUUAAUCAUGUUUUUUUAUGUCACUGUAUCUAGAAAAUUAAAUAUGGCAGUUAGCUUAAAGUUGCACAUUUUUGACAACAUCAAAUGUGACCGUGUAUAAGAGAACUGCGCCUGACCAGUAUAUGCAGUAUAUAUAUGAGUAAUUUAUAUAUCUGCCUGUCAUUUUUCAGCUAAACUGAUUUUGAGAUUAAUGUAGAAAAGUUCUGUUUUGCUUCUCUUAAGGGUUCCUACUAGGGCCUGACCAAUAUGGAUUUUUUGGGGCCGAUGCAGAUAUCAAUUAUUAUGGGAGAAAAAAAUCCGAUUACUGAUUAAUUGGCCGAUUUUUAAAAAUUUUUUAUGAAGUUUAAAUAUGUACAUAUUUACAGUAUCGUAUAUACUGUAGGCUACUGCUCUUCACGCCAACAGGAAGACCGACUGAUCAAACUCAGACCAGAGAAGCGUUUUCAACUACUACUAAGUAUUUCUGAAAAUAUCGGCAAAAAUCAGCGAGUUUUGGCUGGUUGCUGAUUAGUCUCAAACGGGCUAAAACUGGCCGAUUUAAUCGGCUCGCCGAUUAAAUCGGCCCAGCCCUAGUUCCUACGCAGGUAUGGAAAAGUAUGGAAAUAAAUUUGAUCAAUUUCCAGAUCUUAAAAAGUAGGAAAAAUGAAAAAUAAAGCAUGGAGAAAUAUUUAUGUUUCCAGACUAUUACCACAGUUCUCAAACGCUGUUUUCUAAAAUGGAAAAGUAGGUAUUUCCAAAAAUAAUUCUAAAAAGUAAGGUAUGGAAAAGUAUGGAAAUUCCAACUCUGUAGGAAGCCUGUCUCUUGAUAAAAACUAAAAUCCUCUGCCAUCUAAUUUUGGAAGUCUAAGUCACCAAGAAACUCUGAAUGUUUCAUAGGAAAAGAUAAAAAGUUCUUAUUUGAGGCUAAAAACCAAAUUUCCUCACAGUUUUAUGUAAAAAUGUCUCUUAAGUUAUCAAUCAGCUCAACUGCGAAGCAAAAAAACUGUGUUUUACUAUCUGGAUUUAUUUUUUUUGUGUGUGAUUUCAGGCAGAGAUGGAGGAGAGGGAGGAGAGGAGGAGGAUGCAAGAGCUCAGAGAGCAGGAGCGGCACCAGGAGGAGGAGCGGGAGCGGCUCCAGGAGCAGAAACAGGUCACUAACGCUGCACACCUGCUAUUUUCUUUCAGUUUUCUUCAGUUCACAGCAGGAAGAGAAGGAGGUGAUUAAUCUGUGUGACCGUGUUUAUUUUUAGGAGGAGGAGGAGCGACGGGCUAAAGAAGAACAGGAGAGACGUGAAGAGGAGGAGUACCUGAAACUGAAAGCCUCCUUUGUCAUAGAAGAGCAGGGGGAGGAAGAGAAGCUCACUGAAGACCAGGUGUGAUCUCUGCAGAGAUCAAACAUCUGCGUUUUUUAAAAUCUGCAUUUAUUUCUGACAUUUGUGUCGUUUUCCUUUCAGUCUCGUAACCUGCUGCAAGAAUUCAUCGACUACAUCCAGGUAAGAACUGAUUCAUUUGAUCUGUGAUAAAAUAUUCCAAAAUUAAGUCAAGUUAAAAUUAAAGCUGUCUUCUCGCUCGCAGAGCUCUAAGGUGGUUCUCUUGGAGGAUCUGGCGUCUCACUUCGGGAUGAGGACUCAGGAUGCCAUCAGCAGACUGCAGGACCUGCUGGCUGAGGGGUCCCUCACAGGUUUGAAAGAAUCAAUGUUCCUGUGUGUGUGUGUGUGUGUGUGUGUGUGUGUGUGUGUGUGUGUGUGUGUGUGUGUGUGUGUGAAGCAUCUCUGACUUUGGACGAUCAAAAUACGGUUGAUGGUCAAACGUCUCAACAAGCGUCUGCUGUAUUUAGCUGAAUGUUUCUCUCAGCAGACGGAAAGUUAAUAUGAGACUUUGAGAAUGAACCAUAUAUGUUUACUGUCACUAUAAGGUCAAUAUUUCUCUGUUUAUUUUCUGUGCAGGCGUGAUCGACGACAGAGGAAAGUUCAUCUCCAUCACUCCCGAGGAACUCGACUCUGUGGCUCGUUUCAUCCGACAGAGAGGACGAGUGUCCAUCACGGAGCUCGCUCAGGCCAGCAACUCUCUGAUCAACCUGCAGCCGGAGAGCCGCAGCACAGCUUAGCGGAGGAACACACUGACAGAAGCAGGACUGCUGCUGAGGUUUUCACCUCUACAUGUGCUCUAGAGACACUUUGACCUCUGACCCUGCAGUGAUCUGGAUUUAAAUCUGUUUGGUCUCAUCUGGACUAAUAAUGUCAGGCCCCCUUGUCCUCUUGGCUAAGAGGGUUUGACGAGUUCAUGUUGUAACUUAGAGUUUUUGUAUUUAUCUGUAUCAGGACUUCUGGUGAGCCUAGUGUCAUUCUGGAGGUUGAAGUGACUUUCUGGUUUAUCUGACUCUAAAAUAAUCAGACUUGGUAGAAGCACUUGAACCUCUUUCUGCCUUGAGCCGAGCAAAAUUAUCUAAGCCCUCAAUUGGACGUGCAUAACUGCAUUUUAUUGACCUUAUUUUGAUUAAAUAAGUCAGUACUGGUUGUUUUCUCCAGAUCUUGGUCCCCUUGUAUCUUCAGAGUUGCCAAACACAAAAUAAACUCAUGAGGAAGCUUCUCAAUGUUCAGUUUUUAUUGAGAUUGUCCAAAAAAAUAAAGAGCUGCUGCUAAAAGGACAUUCAAAACUUUUUUUAAACAACUUUUAAAAUCCUGCAGGAUCAGCCCCAGGCCUGAUGGGAGGCAGAGGAAGAUGCCAGCUCAUGAAUGAUUUUACUUAAAGACCAGAUUUUUUUCAAGUCAGCCUUUAAUGACAUGAAAAAUUGUUUGAUCUUAAACACCAAAAUAUUUACAGCACAGUGAAAAUAAUUCAGUUAAAACUACAAUCAAAUAUAUUAGACGCUUUUAUUUUGAAGUUCAUCCUCUGAUUCCAGCAAAGAAAGAGUUCUGGCACAUCAGGCGGUUUCUCUGUUGGUCCUGUGAUCUUUCAUUUAAUUUCGUCCAGGAGCUGAAAUUAAAAAGUCUUUUUUUAUAUAAAGGCAGAGGUGGAUUUCAACUGGACGUCUUCUGGUCUUCAUCCUCGCCUCUCUGAAUUUGUUUCCCCUCAGUUAUCUCCCACGUCGAUGUGGCUCCUCGGUCCUGAAACAACAAAAAACAACCUCUUAUAAACUUGGAUUCACUUUCCAAACAGGUUUUCCUCUAAUAAAAAGGUUCUUCAUCACCUUUAUCAGCACUCCCAGAGGAGCCAGGUCAGUCCUGAGGGUGUCACAUGCUUUGAGGAGAGGGAGCCUCUCUGGGUAGAGUCCUGGUUUUUUGGAGGAUCCUGUAGGUGGAGCAUCCUGACGAGUGAGUGCAUAAGUUCGAACUUCAUUCCUGAACCGAGUCAGCUGUUCAACGACGGCCUCCAGACUGGCACUGCUCCUCCCGCUGUCGGAGUCCUGCAGGUUAGGACAGCGCAACAGAGGUGAGGAGGUGUUUUUUAGCCUCUUUCAAUCUCACUUGGACCUGCUGUUGAAAAGCUGUGUUCUAAAACUAAAAUAACUCUGACAUGUGUGUCUCUGACCUUGCUGUGCUGCAGGUCGAUCCCAAACACAUCCAGGAGAUCUCUGAUGUAGCUGAUAAUCGCUGCGAACACCGCAGGGCUCCGAACGACUCCACCAGACUGAACAGAGGCAAACAGAGUGCACUAAAGACGAUCAUUUUAGGAGCACGAGGUCAAAUUAUGAGAAAUAAGAACAAAAACGAUGAAGGUGAUUUCUAUCUGCAGAUUCAGGUUCAGUAAAACAAAAUAACCUGCCUUUGAGACGGGCUGCAGUUGGCAGUUUCCCUGAUAAACCAGGUUCAUCACAGCAGCGACGACUCUGGGAGUGUCAAAGUCAUCUGCCAGAGAUUUGAGCACGCUGGAUUUAGUCUCAGCCAACCUGAAGAAAACCAAAACCUUUCAAAUAGCAGAAACUUAAUGAGAAAAAUCAUUACUGGAAGAAUUAAAGAGUUCAAACCUCUCCCAGAGUAGAGUCUCCUGCACAGGUGAGCACUGCAGCUGACCCCUCAUGUAGGCUUGAGCAUCGUGGAUGAAGGAGGAGAUGGUUCCCAGAGAGGAGCGAGCUUCUGACAUGCUGCUGUCACUGUAGUCAAUCGCUGCAGAGACCCCACAGAGGAUCAUCAAUACGCUUGUUUCUUUACAUGAUAAACACUGCCUGAGACAGGGAAAGGUGUUUCCAACCUGAUCUGUAUUUGCUCGCCAGACAAAACAUCCGGAACUCGUUGGCUGUGUACGACUGCAGGAAAUCCUGACCCAAGACAAAGGAGGCACAACCAUGAUUUACACAAACUUCACAUGCAAAUAUGAGAAUCUGACUCCGAACUGUUUGUACAAAGAAUUAAACAGACGUUACCUUGA